AUGCCACGAAUAAAGAAAAAGGGCCAGGCCGGCGCGGCCAAGAACUACGUCACCCGCAACCAGGCCCUUCGGAAGCUGCAAAUCAGUUUACCCGACUUUCGUCAGCUGUGCAUCUGGAAGGGAAUCUACCCUCGCGAGCCUCGAAGCAGAAAGAAGGUGUCCAAGUCGUCCACCGCCUCCACAACUUUCUACUACGCAAAGGACAUCCAGUAUCUCCUCCAUGAGCCACUCGUGCAGAAAUUCCGCGACCAGAAGGCGCUGGAAAAGAAGAUCUCCAAGGCACUGGGCCGUGGAGACGUCGGCGACGCCAAGCGACUCGAGGGUAAUGCUUCUCGACCCGACAAAACCGGCAAGCCUCGCUAUACGCUCGACCAUGUCAUCCGCGAGCGCUACCCGACGUUUGCCGAUGCUCUGAGAGACUUGGAUGAUUGUCUGUCAAUGCUGUUUCUCUUCGCCGCCCUGCCGUCUACAUCGAGCGUCCCCGCCAAGAUGAUUGCUCGGUGCGAAAAGCUGUGCCUCGAGUUCCAGCACUACCUCAUUAUCUCGCGAAGCCUGACCAAGUCCUUCCUCUCCAUCAAGGGAAUCUACUACCAGGCCAACAUUCAAGGCCAGGAUGUCCUCUGGCUGGUUCCCUACAAGUUCAAUCAGAGAAUUGUCGGAGACGUCGACUUUAGAAUCAUGGGUACCUUUGUCGAAUUCUACAUGACACUCCUGGGCUUUGUGAAUUUUCGCCUGUACACCUCGGUUGGUCUAAAAUACCCACCCAAGUUCGACGCAGCAAAGGACGAAAACGCCGCCGAGCUCGGUGCCUUCACUCUGGAAGGAAAGACGCUGGUUGGCGUGGAAGAACAGAAGCAGUUGGAAGACGCUUCACAGCAAGUGGAUCCCCAGACCCAGGCUGCCGUCAACAAAGUGCUCAAGAAGAUCCGGAACGGCGAUUCUGCUACCGAGGAGUCCGUCGCAGAGGACACAGGGGCUGAUGCAGAGCAUCAGGUUGACGACUCUGGGGCCAUUGACAAAUUUGAGCCCGUUGCUCCUGGGGGCGACGUGCUUUUGCAGCCUUCCGCCGCCAACAACGACCACGCCACGUUGUUUUCCAACUGUACCUUUUACCUUUCCCGUGAAACUCCUCGGCAGCCGCUCGAGUUCAUUCUCAAGGCAUUCGGCUGCAAGCGCGUGGGCUGGGACCCCGUUCUCGGCGAUGGAGCCUUCACCACAGACGAGCUGAAUCCCACCAUUACGCAUCAGAUCGUCGACCGACCCCCUAUCCAGGCCAAGGCAGGUGACGGAGAUGAUGAUGAGCAAGAGGACAAUCAGACGUCACAGAAGUUGGCAGCAAACCGACGAGUGCCUGGACGGACGUACAUCCAACCCCAGUGGGUCUGGGAUAGCAUCAAUGACGUGGAGCUAAAAGAGCCGCAUCUGUACGCUCCCGGAGCGGCACUACCUCCUCAUUUGAGUCCCUUUGUCCGAAGCACACCGGGCUCAUAUGACCCUACCGUUCCCUUGGAGGAGCAGGAGCCUGAAGAUGAAGCCAUGGAGAAUGACGAUGCCGACGAGACUGUCGAGGGGAUGGAUGUUGCGGAGGACGAUGACGAUGAGAGUGAAGAAGAAGAAGAUGAUGGUGAUGAUGACGAAGACGACGACGACAUAGACGUAGACGAAGAGGUGGACGAGGAACCCAAGACUGACAACGUCUCAGAAGAUGCGGACGAAGAUGAGCAUAUCCUGCGGCAACAAGAAAUCGAGGCUGAGCUUUCCGGUGCUCCGGUCAAGAACAAAUCCAUCAAUGCCAAAGCCAGGGCCAAAGAACAAGCAAGGAAAUCAUUAAACAAGAAGGCCAAGAAAGAGGCCGAGGAUCUGGAGCGUGCCAAGGGAAUGUUGAGCAAAAAGAAGAGAAAGCUGUACGAGCAAAUGAUGUACACGAACAACAAAAAGAGUGCAGAGGAUCAAAAGCUGAGAGCAAAGAGGAGAAAGUUGGAAAAGGAAAAGAAGGCCAAGGCAUAG